CGUCAAGUUGCCUACCUGCAUUUCCCUCGCCUUCCCGCAAGCUCAGCAUCGUCGCCAGCUGCACCCAUUGGACUCGCCAGCAUGCGGCCAACACUUCGUGUGCUCGCCCGCUACCUCGAGCCAGGCACGCCCACCGGCCUGACGGGGUUGUGGACUCACGGCACGCCCCGGUCCACCCUGCUCUACCUGUAUGGCAGCACUCUCAACAAGCUGCAAGCGAUCCCCGAGACCUCGCUCUACCGCCAGUCCGUCGAAGCCGUCACCAAGCACCGCAUGAGCCUCGUCGAGCAGACCGUUCCCCCGGGAUACAACGAGUGGGCCGCCAAGGCCCGCGAGCUGGUCAGCAAGAACGCUGAGCAGUUCCGCGUGGCCAGCGGCCGCGUGGAUGGCAGCGAGGCGCGGACCGUCAAGCUCGGCGAUCGCAUCUUUGUCGUUGGCUCCAAGCACGAGGAGGGCGACGUGAGAAUUGAGGAGUGGAACGGCGAGGAGGACGAGGGCGGCGAGCUCGAGGGCAUCCGGACCCCCGAGGAGAGGAAAGACCAGGUCAUAUGGGCCGAGCGCAAACCCCUGGAGGACCACGAGAAGGUCGAGUGGGAAGAGGAGCCCCAGUUGACGGCCGAGCAGAUUCACGAAUUGGAGCAAAAGAUUGGCGCCGGCCUCAUCGAAGAGGUCAUUCAGGUGGCCGAAAGCGAGUUGACGCUGAUUGACACGAUGGAAAAAUCCAAGAUCUGGGAGGACCUGGAAGAGAAGCCUGUCGAGGGCCAGUGGGAGUACUUCGACCGAAAGUCCAUGUAAAGGACGGGAAUAGAGCCGUUUGUUUGUGUGGACUUGUAACAGUACUGUGUGGUGUGUUACAAAUAGAGCGCGCCAUGCGCACGCAGAUACUUCCUUGGAGCAACAUUGGCCGGGUGUCCGCCCAGUUACUUUGCAUAGAGAGCCACCGAUGCCGACCUGCGUUUGCGUGACUUGUCUCUGCAAGGCCGUUGCCGCCUGCCACUUGCAAUAUCUGAGCCUGGCGUCGAGGAUGCCCAUUUCCUGCAUGGAAGAGCGCAUUUGCUAGUCGGCUGCCCUACGUCAGUCGUAAUAACUCUGCCGAACUUUGAC